AUGGCAGCCAUGGCAGCCAUGGCAGCGUUUGGCACUCAUCCCCAGCGAAUCCCUCUGCUUUUCAACUUACCCAGCAGCCUAGAUGAGGACAAGACCCCCGCUGCACAGCCAAGUGGAAGUAGCUUGAGAUCGCAGUCUCUGUCCAGGCUGGAGUGCUCCGUUCAAGCCUCAUCCAUCUAUCAGUAUGACACGCGGAACACGCGACCACAAGUGGUUAGUGUGGCCAACGGCACAGAUCGGACGGAAAUCCUGAAUGGGAGCACUUCUGUCUUGUCCCUUGGCCAGGCGCAGUGGAGUGAAGUAGAGCUCACAUCGUUCUACGAAUGUUUUAAUCCUACGUUUCUUCCCAAGCUUCCUUUCAGAAGAUUUCCCCAUAUCCUUGUGGCGGCAUCAAAGGAGCCCGAGACUUCGGACAGCAAGCCAGCUUCUUCAAGCCGUACUCCAAUUGAGCCCAUAUCCGAGGUGCCGUUUGUGGAACCUAGCAAAACACCGCCAGUGGAUCGAUGGUCACGUGCUCCCAGUCUUCGGCAGUCUUCCUUUGCAUACAGGGAUAAUGAAGAUGAAUCUUCUGUGAGCGAAGAUGAGGUGUCUCCGGUCCAGAGCUUCACUAGCUAUACGGACGAAUAUGACCGUGGAGAACCACUCAUAACCAAAACGGAAAAGUUUUACAAAAAGAGAGCUUCCUUAAUACCAAAAUACGAUUCCGAGGAUUCAUAUGUUAUCGCUAGGGAAAGCUAUCAAAAGGAUACGGCUAUCACGUUCAAUACAACUACAAUACAGUUGACCGAUUCGACGGGAUCCUUCAGCGAGUACGACGCGGAUAUUCGGAUGAACCAGUCGUGGGACAUAGAUAGUGGAGUCUCGAAGGAGUCCUAUGACCUGAGCCGUGGUGGCAAACGACUGGGCUCCGGUAUGGUUUUUAUCUAUAUGGUGAUACCACCGGACGGCGGAUUCGGCUGGGUAAUCAUGGUGCUGUCCUUCCUCGCCCAGCUGAUAAUCGAUGGCCUUAUUUUUACCAUUGGAAUCCUAUUGCCCUCCAUUGCCAAGGAUCUGGGUGUCUCCACAUCGUCGGUUUCGUUUGUGGCCAGUGUCCAGAUUGGUUGCUACUUCACUAGCGGUGCCUUCUCUGCCGUUCUGAUAAAUCGCUUUGGGUUCCGAAAGGUAGCCAUCGCCGGGGUCCUGUGCUCCGCAACCACAAUACUGGCCUCCAGCUGGAGCGUGAGCUUGACCAUGCUGAUCUUCUUUUACAGCGUCCUCGGUGGCUUUACCUUGAGCAUGAUCUGGGCGAGCUCGCAGCUGAUUGUGGGCUACUACUUCGAGCGGUACCGUCCGAUGGCCAAUGGGUUUUCCUGCAGCGGUGGCGGAGCGGGUAUAGUGGUCUUCACGUUCCUCAACAGCUGGCUGGUGCCAAUCAUCGGAUGGAGGAACAUGCUGCGGACGCAGGCGGGACUGAUUAUGUUGAUCCUGCUGAUGGUGGUCGCCUACGUGGAGGUGGCUCCCACGCAGGUUGGCUUGUACCACUUCCCCGAUAACUUGGAGUCCAGUUCGGAUGAGUAUUACGGCAACUUCUACGUGCAUGACUACUUACGUCUAUCCACGCAGAACGGUGAAAGCCGGAGUGCCCUAAAUGCAUAUGAUCCACCUCCUAAGAGGCACUGGUGCACCAAGUUCUGCCCAUGCUGCACGAACUGUUGUUGUGGGAAGCGGCGGAAGAAGCCCCAAAACGAGGAUGAGCUCAAUCUGCUGAUCCGGCCGGCGCCCUUGGAGCGGGAGGAUCUCUUCUAUACGGGUCCCGCCGAGUACGAGAAGCCGCAGAGCAAGGAGAACCUCGAGGGCAAGGAAUUCCAACUGAUGGGAUCGGACAAGAACACCCAGCAAGUGAAGUAUGGCAUCAAGAACAUUAAUUUGGGUGAUGAAGGGGAUGGCACUUCCAGAGAGCCUAAAGGCAACCACAAUGAAGCCAGAUGGUCUAAUGAAGUUCCGAAAAAGCCAAAUGCCUGUGGGAACAGCCGGUUUAUGCUCACUCUGCUCAAACUAUUCGACUACCAUCUGCUGAAACAGUUCGAGUUUCAGAUCCUGGUGGCCUCCGCCUUUCUGUACCCGAUGGGCUUCAAUAUACCCUUCGUUUACUCGUCUGCACGAACCACGAUUCCCGUCAAAUAUGCCCGUAUGAUCGGCCCCAUUAUCGGAAUCAGUAACCUUGUGCUGCGGAACAUCCUUGGCUUCCUCGCCUACAAAAGGCGUACUUGGACCCUCGGACUUUGUGGCUGCGGUCUGGUUUUCGGUGGGUUUUCCGUCUUCAUAAGCGCUUUCUACGGACAGAACUUGAUUUGGUUCCAGUUUCUGUACGGCAUAUCCUAUGCUGUAGCGCCAGCCGUUUUUUCCACACUGAGAGGUCUCAUAUACGUGAAAUACCUGGGACUUUCCAAGCUGACCAACGCCUUUGGGAUUACCUCUUUGGCCAUGGGAAUGGGUGCUUUUAUUGGUACCACGAUUGCCGGCAAAAUGGUGGGCAGUACGGGCAACUAUUCCGCUGCCUUUUGCUUUGCGGGAUUGUGCCUCAUUAUCUCCGGAAUUCUGAAGCUCAUGCUGCCCGGACUUAUCAAGUUUCGCAACAGGAAGGCCCAGUGA